UGUUCUGGCUUGGUCCUGUGGGCGGAGUCAUUUAACAUGGCGUUUCGAGGGGGAACAGCAAUUCCAAUGGGGAACCAAAUCGGGUGCCACACCGGCCGUUGGAUUUCGGUUGUGCAGCGAACACUUCAUAUCAGCUAUCUUCCAUCUCCAGAGAAGAGGAGACGGAAAGCUAGACUGGAGGUGUUCAACAGGAGGCAGAAGGCGAAAUUGCAGAAAAUAGAGCAGGCAAAGCUAUGUGCAGAAGCCACCCGUCUAAGGGCAUCAACUGAUUGUCCCCAAAACAAUGCAGCAACAGAAGACCAAACCACAGAGCCCUCCAUCACAGAAGACCAAGUCAUAGAGCCCACCAUCACAGAUCCUUUGGAAGAAUCAGGUGAUGAAGAUCCUGUCCAGCCUGAUCCAGCAACACCACCAUGCACCUCUGAAACCUGUAGUAAGCGCAUCGAGUCUCUUGAGCUAGAAUGCCAAGCUCUAAGAACUGAAAAUAUGUUGUUAAGGGACAAAAUAAGUAGGAAGACCCUGACAGAGAUAAGUUUGCAAAAUGAUGAUAAAAAGGUGAAUGUCCUCACUGGGUUAGCAACCUAUGCAUGUCUGAUGACCAUCUUUCAAUAUUUGACUCCAUUUCUCAAACUUAAGGCAUCGAUAACAUGUUUUCAACAAUACAUGUUGACUUUGAUGAAGCUGCGAAUGAACUUGACAUUUGACUUUUUAGGUUUUUAUUUUGGCAUUGACCCAACUACUGUCUCCAGACACUUCAAACACUGUGUUAAUUUGAUUUAUUGUAGACUGGUGCCAAGUCUAGUGGUGUGGCCUGAAAGAGAAUCUCUAAGAACAUCUCUUCCAUAUGUAUUUAGAAAUGGCGGCUACGAGAAGACUGUUUGUAUCAUAGAUUGUUUUGAAAUAUUUCUAGAGAAACCAAGUAGAUUGCGACCCAGUGCACAGUGUUACUCAAAAUACAAAUCACAUCACACCAUGAAAUAUUGAAUUGCCAUUUGCCCUCAAGGUACAAUUUCUUUCAUUUCUACUGGAUGGGGAGGUCGCACCAGUGAUAAGUUCAUUACAAAACACAGUAAUUUUUUACCCAAUAUUCUCCCAGGAGACGUUGUUUUGGCAGACAGGGGGUUUCUGGUGAAAGAGUCUGUUGAAAGGUGUCAGGCUGAAUUAAAAAUUCCAGCAUUUACUCGUGGGAAAGUACAGUUAGAUCCUGUUGACAUAGAGAAUACAAGAUCUCUAGCCUCUUUAAGAAUUCACAUUGAAAGAGUCAUAGGAGUACUUCGUCAGAAAUAUACUAUCUUACAAAACACUGUGCCAAUAACUUUCACAGAUAUAGAGACAGAAAAUGAUGUUACUUAUCUUGAUAAAAUUGUGAGUGUAUGUUGUGGACUAACAAAUGUACCAGAUUCUGUGGUGCCCUUUGAGUGAUGAAUUUGUGUGCCAACAGAAAAUAAACCUUUUUGAUUGCUUCUCACUUGUUUGUUGUGACUACUUUUCUCACUCACUAGAUUUGAAUGAUCUAUCCAUGUUUUAUGAUCGCUACAGAUACUACUACAGACAGUUAGACACAGAAGAGAACAACAUUGGCUUAACAGUUUUUAUUAAACAAUUAAAUAUUUACAUUGCAUCAGCUAGUUCAUAUUCACACAUUGUGUAAUUAAGUAAGACUAAGUAAUUAAGGUGUUUUUUUUUGGGCAUUGAUAAGUUUCCUACAGCUUGGACACACCCACUGUUUCGGUACCCUUUUCAUCCGAAGGCAGGUUUGGUGGAACUUCUCCACGGCACAGAACCCUGAGGCACAAACAAGCAUGUUCCCUGCCGCAGGUGCGCGGCAGUAGCACCACUGUUGCUGGGGAUUGGUGUUUGCAGUUGCUUGUUUUGGUGCAGAAAACCAUUUGCCUAACAACUCUGGGAUUAUACAUUUUAU